AUGCGGCCCCCCCGCCUCCUGCCGCUGCUGCUGCUGCUGGUGGCCGGCCGCGGGGCGCGGGAGGUGCUGCUGAAGGUGCAGGUGUAUGAGAGCGGGGCGCUGGCCCCGCUGGCCCAGGCCACCCUGGAGGUUUUUGGCAACCGCAGCUCGCUGGCCACCGGCACCACCGACCACGAGGGCGCUGGUGUCCUGCCCCUCGCCUACCGCCUGGGCUCCUGGGUCCUCGUCACCGCCACCCGCCGCGGCUACGUCACCGCCUCCGUGCCCUGGCGUGUCACCAAGCUGCCGUUGUACGCCUCCGUCAGCCUCUACCUGCUCCCGGAGCGCCCCGCCACCCUCAUCCUCUACGAGGACCUGGUGCAAAUCCUGCUGGGCUCCCCAGGCGCCCGGGGCCAGCCGUGGGUGCAGUUCCAGAGGCGGGCGGCGCGCCUGCCCCGCAGCUCCACGUACAGCCAGCUCUGGGCAUCGCUGACGGCCGCCACCGCCCCGCGGGACCUGCGGAGCUUCCCUGCCUUCCUGGGGGCUGAGCACAACGCCAAUGCCACCUGGCUGGAGCUGGCGCCCGUGGCGGCCCUCAGUGUUCACCUCUUCACGGGGAACGGCACUGAGGUGCAGCUCUCCGGCCCCGUCCAUCUGUCCAUCCCACUGCCCCCCGACACCGGCACCCUGGUGGCCACCAGCGUGCCCGCCUGGAGGUUUGACCCCAAGAGUGGGCUGUGGGUCCGCAACGGGACGGGGCUGAUCCGCAAGGAGGGCCGGCAGCUGUACUGGACCUUUGUCUCCCCCCAACUGGGGUACUGGGCAGCAGCUCUGCCCUCUCCUAGCACAGGGCUGGUGGCGAUGGCUGCGGGCAUGAAGGACAUCACCGCCUACCACACCAUCUUCCUGCUCACCAUCCUGGGCGCGCUGGCCCUGCUCGUCCUCACCCUACUCUGCCUCCUCAUCUACUACUGCAGGCGGCGAUGCCUGAAGCCGCGGCAGCAGCACCGCAAGCUGCCGCUCUCGGGGACCUUGGACGCCUCCAAGCGGGACCAGGCCACCUCCAUGUCGCAGCUGAACCUCAUCUGCAGCAGCCACCUAGAGACGGCGUCCUCGGGGGGGGACACCGAGGCGCACACCCCCGUCCUCAAGUCCUCCUUCGCUGCCUCCCGUGACUUCGACAGCUCCCGUGAGGACUUCUUCAAGCAGGUCCCGGCCCCCCCAGCCCCCCCAGCACCCGCCAGCACUCUGGGGCGCCGCCGUGUCCCCCGGGAGGACUUCGGCCGCCCGGGCGAAGCCUUUGGCCUCGCGGCCCGGCCAGCGGGGGGGGACCUGCCACCCACUGAGCCGCUGCCGCCGCCGCCACCGCCGCCGCGGCCACCCUCGCUGGGCCAGCCGGGCCAGCUCAUCCUCUGCGGCCCCCUCGACGGCGGCCAGGAGGACGUGUACCGCGGCGUGGUGCCCACCCUGCUCAUCCCCGCCCGCUACAUGCGCCUGGACGGGGCGCCCGAGGGGACCCCCCAGCCGGACGGGGGUGGCCCGGCGGUGACAGCGGCAGCGGCGGCGGCGGUGACCGGUCCCCCUCCCGUGGCGGCGGCGGCCCCCGGGGGGGCCCCGGUGGCCAUCCCGGUGCUGCUGAACGAGUCGGCGGUGGCGCAGCUCAACGGGGAGCUGCAGGCUCUGGCGGAGCAGAAGCUGCUGGCGCCGCGCGCCUGGUUCGUCUCGCUGGACGGCCGUGCGUCCCACGUCCGCCACUCCUACAUCGACCUGCAGGGCGGCGACAGGGGGCCCCUGCCCCGCGCCCGGCCCCCCCGUGCCCCCCCCUCGCCCGAGGACAGCGCCCUGGCCCCACUGCUGGGCGGCCCCCAGGGGCGGCGGGGGGCCGGGGGGAGCGGCGGCGGCGGCGGCAGCACCCGCAGCAGUGCCAGCGAGCCCCCCCGUGACUCCCCCAGCAGCCCCGAGGACGAGGCGGGCGAAGGGGGCGAAGGGGGGGACGAGGCGGGCGACCGCAAGAGCCCCUGGCAGAAGAGGGAGGAGCGGCCGCUGAUGGUCUUCAAUGUCAAGGCGGGGGGGGCCGGCAGCGCCCCCCGGGCCAGCGGCACCUCAAAGCUGGCAUAGGAGCUGGGGGGGGGGGGG